AUGCAGGCCCCAGUGGUGGUGAUGAACACCAAUACUGGUGACAGGCAGGUCGGCCGCAAGGCACAGCUUUCCAAUAUCACCGCCGCGAAGACCGUUGCGGAUAUCAUUCGGUCGUGUCUUGGUCCCAAGGCUAUGUUGAAGAUGCUUUUGGAUCCUAUGGGAGGUAUCGUUUUGACCAACGACGGUCAUGCUAUUCUGCGUGAGAUCGAGGUGUCGCACCCCGCCGCCAAGAGCAUGAUUGAGCUCAGUCGCACCCAGGAUGAGGAGGUCGGAGAUGGAACUACCACUGUGAUCAUCUUAGCCGGUGAAAUGCUGGCCCAGGCCCUUCCUCAGCUCGAGCGCAACAUCCACCCUGUCGUAAUCAUUCAGGCCUUCAAGCGUGCUUUGGCGGAUGCACUGGCCAUUGUGGAGGAGGUUUCGCUACCCGUGGAUAUUGACGACGACAAGGCGAUGUAUACGUUGAUCCAGUCUUCUAUUGGCACAAAGUUCGUUUCUCGGUGGUCGGAAUUGAUGUGCAACCUUGCCCUGAAGGCGGUCCGGACUGUCUCGUUCGAUGUCGGUGGCGGAAAGAGAGAGGUCGACAUCAAGCGGUAUGCUCGUAUCGAAAAGAUUCCCGGCGGACAGAUCGAAGACAGCGAGGUUAUUGAUGGUGUGAUGAUCAACAAGGACAUUACACACCCUAAGAUGCGGAGAAGGAUAGAGAACCCUCGAAUCAUCCUGCUCGAUUGCCCGUUGGAAUAUAAGAAGGGCGAGUCUCAGACAAACAUCGAGAUCACUAAGGAGGAUGACUGGAACCGUAUUCUCGAGAUUGAGGAGGAGCAAGUCAAGCACAUGUGUGAUGCCAUUCUGGCCUUGAAACCCGACAUUGUUUUUACUGAGAAGGGUGUCUCAGAUCUCGCUCAGCACUUCUUGAUGAAGGCCAACGUGACAGCUAUCCGCCGAGUAAGAAAGACGGACAACAACCGUAUCGCCAGAGCUACCGGUGCCACAAUUGUGAACCGUGUCGAUGACCUCCAGGAGUCCGAUGUGGGAACGCAAUGCGGACUUUUCGAGAUUGAGAAGAUUGGCGAUGAAUACUUCACCUUCCUUAGGAAAUGCCAGAACCCCAAGGCAUGCACGAUUCUGCUGCGCGGUCCUUCCAAGGACAUUCUGAACGAGAUUGAGCGCAACCUCCAGGAUGCCAUGUCCGUUGCCAGAAACGUUAUUUUCCACCCACGACUGUGCCCCGGUGGUGGAGCCAUCGAGAUGGCAGUGUCAGUCAGACUGAGCCAGCUGGCAAAGUCUAUCGAAGGUGUCCAGCAGUGGCCCUACAAGGCCGUGGCCGACGCCAUGGAAGUCAUUCCUCGCACAUUAGCACAGAACGCCGGCGCCAGCCCUAUCCGUGUUCUUACUCGCUUGAGAGCCAAGCACGUUGAGGGCCAGUACACAUGGGGUCUCGAUGGAGAUUCGGGUAACCUGGUCGACAUGAAGGAAUACGGCGUCUGGGAGCCCGAGGCGGUCAAGCUUCAGAGCAUCAAGACAGCAGUCGAGUCCGCAUGCCUUCUGCUCCGUGUUGAUGACAUCUGCAGCGCCAAGUCCGCGCAACAGGCCGGUGCUAAUAUGGGUGGUGGAGAGGAAUAG